UACCAUUUGGCUCUACUUAUCUUGUACUCGCCCCUCGCUUUUUAUACACCUCCAAGCUGCCCUGUUUCCAAUUUCCCCUCCCUCUCUCCUCCUUCAACCCGCAGCUUUACGCUUCAUGUGCUUCUCAACGCUCAUUUAACAGGAUAUUUUGUGAGACAUGACAGUAACCCAAUUCACUUUGAUUGAGGUUUAGAUCGGGUUCACGCACUCGAGCCACUCAUUUCCUCCUCCCCACACUCUUUACAGACCACCCUUCCGGUUUUCGAACCGUGCGCUUCUUUACACGCUCUACCAGGGCUUUGGAAACUUCCUUUCCCUUCAUAGUUGUUGGAUGGAACCAUGGCAAUAGGCGUGCCUCGCGGUCGACAGGCACUGGUGGUCAGUGCCACCUUCACCUCCCUGGCCACCUUGAUCACAGUAGUUCGUGUCUACACACGGGCGUUCUUGGUGAAACAGAUGGGUGCAGAUGACUGGACAAUUUUAGUAUCCCUGUGUUUAAGUUGGAUAUUUUUUGGUCUUUUUGUGGGAGAAACUGCAUAUCUUAUGGGCGAGCACUACGACAAGGUUCCCCCAGCCACUUUCAACAAGCAAAUGAUUUGUUUUUGGGCUUCCGUCCCUAUCUAUCAAGCCACCCUGAUCAGUACCAAAGCUUCCAUCCUCUUGCAGUACAAACGGGUUUUCUCCACCCCGCGCAUGCGUCUUGCCUGCUACUACUUGCUUGGAUUCCUCGCGGUUUGGGGAACAUGGACUUUCCUCAGCGCAUGGCUUAAUUGCCUCCCAGUCGCUAAGUUUUGGAAUGACUCCAUUUACGGCUAUUGCCUGGAUAAGAAAGCUCUCUGGUUCUCGAAUUCUAGUAUCCAUAUUUUCACCGAUACCCUCAUCUUGAUCUACCCAAUGCCGGUUCUCAAAAACCUCCAGCUUCCUUUACGACAAAAAUUGGCUCUCAUGUGUAUCUUCGCGCUGGGAGUUUUUGUGCUUGUUACCAGUGUUCUCCGUUUAAGAAGUCUUCUAGUUAUCGCCGAUUCCUCAGAUGAAACCUAUGACAAUGUUGGAGCAGCCACCUGGUCUGCUAUCGAAUGCAACGUCGCUCUUAUGUGUGCUUCUCUCCCUGCGACCCGGGCUUUCAUCUCCCGUCUUCUCCCUCGAUUUUUCUCAACAGGCCGAAGCAAGGGUACAACAAACCCCUACAAUGAUGGCCCCCGAAGCCGCACUACAAACCACACAGGUUUCCAGGCUUCCAUCGCCGCCACAAAUCCUCAGUCCCCCCGUUUCCAGAUGAAUGUUAUGGGUGGGCGUGCCGAUAGUCCUGGGGGCAAGGAUUAUCUUCCCUCUACCCUGGUGGGAGAAAUCAAGGUUACCACCAUUGUGUCGCAAGAAUCUGUGGUUUCGCCUCAAGAUGAGUAUUCCAGCUUGCGACGGUUGAUCAACGACUAAUUUUCAUGGUUCUUAAUGGGAGGCAAGAGCAGAGUGGGUUUCCCGUUGCUUGAUUUCUUUCUCAGUAUUUUAUUUAU